GCUGCUGCUGCUCAUUCCUGCGGCUCCUCAGACACUAACGCCAGACGGUGAUGCCUCUUGGGUUGUGACUCCAGCGCAGAAACUUGGAGGAGCCCUUUGCCCGCCGUCCUACUUGGCAACAAAGCCUCUCCUAGCAGCGAAUGACCAUGUGUAGCGGAGCGAGGCUGGCCCUCCUGGUCUACGGGAUAAUAAUGCACAGCAGCGUCUACUGCUCACCUGCCACCGCAGGACUCCGGUUCCCUGGAAUCAGGCCGGAGGACGAAGCGUACGACGAGGACGGAAACCCGCAGCAGGACUUCUACGACUCAGACCCGCCGGGCGUGGGGAGCCCCGCCUCCGCGCUGCGCGACGCCUACGCGCUCUACUACCCCUCGGAGAAGAGAGAUGUCGCCCAAGGGAUCCUUAACAAGGCCUACCGCAAAGUACUGGAUCAGCUGUCCGCCAGGAAAUACCUGCAGACGCUCUUGGCCAAGGGCUUGGGUGGGAACCUAGGCGGCGGCCCGGAGGACGACUCAGAGCCUCUCUCCAAGCGCCACUCAGACGGAAUCUUCACCGACAGCUACAGCCGCUACCGGAAACAAAUGGCUGUCAAGAAAUACUUGGCGGCAGUCCUAGGGAAAAGGUAUAAACAAAGGGUUAAAAACAAAGGACGCCGAAUAGCUUAUUUGUAGCGAUGAGUUACCAGCUACCCUGUGUAUACAAUCCUGACACUAUGAAAAGUCACUUUCCCAACUGACUGAACAGUCAUCUCUCAUGUGUUCUAUCCAAACAUGUAUUUAUGUAUGAAGUAAAGCCAUUAAAUGAAUAUUUUGAUAAUAAUAUUGUUUUUCUUUUUACAAAGCACUAGAGAAUGCACAGAUAUACUUUGUGGACCAAUUAUUGAUAUAUAUAUAUAUUACAAAUAUAUAUAUUAAGAAUAUAUAUAUAGGUAUAAUAGACAGCAGUUCAUACAAAGUGUGCACAAGGAUUGAAAAUUCGCCUGAGCUGUUUAUGUUUUUAUAUAAAAUAAAUAGAAAAAUAGACAAUCAUUGUUUUGAAUAUUACUCCUAUUUUUAUAAAAUGGAAUUAAAAGGAUAGUAUUUUUAUCCAUGACAGGCCUGAAGAUAUUAAUACUGACCAUUUGCUACUGUACAUAAUGAUGCCCUGCUCCAGGGAGAUUUGGAGGUAAUGAUUUGGGAGAAUUGCUGAAGGGUGUUCUUUCCUAGUGAGUCUCUGGGCCAGGCUGCUUCAGUCCCAGAGGAACUCAACUAGGCACUGUCCCCCUUUGUCCCCCUCACUGGGUGGCAAUUCCAAUACUUCUGCUUUCUUUGGUUCUACUUUUAUGUGUAUUUGUCUCUCUUUAGACUCUCAGCCCAGAAGGAAAUUCUCCUGAUAAAAAACAACAGCUCGAUCCAAAUUGUGCUUCUCCCCAGAAUUCACACCACCCCCUGGGGGAAGUGUUGGGGGGUUGUACAGAGAAGGGAGACUUGGGUCUUGAAGCUCCCGUGAAGCUCCCUUUUCUGUACUUCCAGGAAACCCAGUAUCCCAAGGUUAGGGCAAUUGGAACAAAGAGAAGGAAAUGUAGGUAUGUUGGAAGAGGCAGAGCAUAAGGCAGUCGGAGGAGGAGGACCCUGGAGAGGGACUGGUUUGGAGCUGCCCUGCGUCUGGGACGCGGAGGGUAAGCCCAGCCCCACUGUAGGUCCUCUGCCUGACUGACUUUGGGCGCUGGAUAUUGGAAAUGGAUGCAAAGUACAAUGUGUUUUUCUCCAGUGCUGUCAAUGCUUCUCAUCUUGUGAAAUGACCAGGAUACUCCCCUUUGAAUACGGCUCUGUAGGAGCCAUCCUUUUCUUUGGCGGUUUUCUGAAGACUCUUCUUUCCCACCCUUCUGCACUGUUGAAGUACCGUUUACCAUUUUUCAUUCAUUUCUCUUAAACUUGUGAAUGCUUCUUUUUUUGUUGUUUGAUGUGAGUACUUAAUUGUAAAGUUUAGGAACCCCUGUGUAGUUACCAGUAAGUAGUUAUGCACAAAAUAUGAACGAACCUUUUGUUUCUUGUUUAUUGAGUUUGUAGGUAAAAUGUAUUUUUCUACAUUAUGGCUUAUUGCUUAGUAAAAUUUAUUUCAUAAAACCAACCUUUGUCAUAUUAGAAUGUGUAGUGUUCACAUGUUGCUCAGUUUUACUAACUUAUAAAUCAUUUAAACCUCA